AUGAUUCUGAGAUCAGAUCUGCUGUUGCUCUGGCAAGUGCUUGUGUUUCCCGCAUGGGCAGCAGAAACAAGAGCGUCCGAGUCCUCACGGCCUCGAGGCGUAGGCCCUGAAUUUGCCAAAUUUUACAAAAAGACUCCUUCAGACUCCUUCACAUGCAUCUCAAACCCCUCUAUAAUCAUCCCCUUUUCGCGUGUCAAUGACGACUUCUGCGAUUGCCCCGAUGGCUCAGAUGAACCUGGCACCGCGGCGUGCUCUUAUCUCUCCCAGCUCUCUCCUCCUCAGUAUCAUCCAGGACCGGACACAGCAGCAGCCUCCCUGAACACCACGUUAGCGCUACCGGGAUUCUAUUGCAAAAACAAAGGGCAUAUCCCAUCCUACAUUCGAUUUGAGAGCGUGAAUGACGGUAAAUGCGACUAUGAUGUGUGCUGUGACGGCUCCGACGAGUGGGAGCACGUCGGAGGACUCCAGUGCGAGGAUAGGUGCAAGGAGAUUGGAAAGGAGUACCGGAAGCACGAAGAAGUCCGUCAAAAGACCUAUCAGGUAGCACUGAAGCGAAAGAGAACUCUGGCCACAGAAGCUGCAAGGUUAAGGCGCGAGGUCGAGCUACGAGUGCACGACUUGGAAGUCAACCUAGAAGCGCUCCAGGUCAAGGUCAAGGAUGCCGCAGACAACCUGAGAGAAAUCGAGCGCAGAGAAAAGUUAAGAGUGGUGCGAGGCGAGGCAGCAGGAACAGGAGCCGGCAAACUUGGUGUAUUGGUCGGGCUAGCCAAGUCUCGAGUGAACGAGCUACGUGGACAACUUGAGAAGACAAGGAAGCAGAGAGAUGCUAUGCUUGGGAGGGUGACGGAGCUGGAAGGCCUCCUUUCCGCGUUGAAGGAAGAGCACAACCCCAACUUCAAUGAUGAAGGCGUCAAACGAGCCGUUCGUGGUUGGGAAGAUUAUGCCUCCCGGGAGACUGACGACGACUGGUCGGAGGCGGAGGAUCGCGAUCUUGCAGCAGUACUGCAGGAGGACACUGAAGCCAACGGCAUCCACUGGGCCGAAUUCGAGAACGUCCCUGAAGAACCCGAGUCGGACGUUGCAGCGCUGUACAAAGUUAGUGCAUAUCUGCCGGAUGGGUUGAAGCUGUGGCUCGACGAAAAGGUCGCGUCGUUCCGCCAGUUCCUGGUCGAGAGCGGCGUGCUAGCCGAUCACUCGGAUUCUACGGCCACCGCCGCGGAGAGUAAAGCGGUUCAAGACGCAAAGAAGGCUCUCAGCGAAGCCGAAAAGGACGUACGCAACACGGAGAACGACGUCCGGCGGCACCGCGAAGACCUUGACAAAGAUUACGGCCCCGAUGGCAUCUUCCGCGCCCUCAAAGAUAUCUGCAUAUCUCGGGAUAGCGGCGAGUACGAAUACGAGCUGUGCUUCAUGGGGCAGACGAAACAGAAGUCCAAAAAGGGCGGCGCCCACACAAACAUGGGCAGCUUUGUGGGCUUCGACAGUGAAUAUGUCGACGAGGGUGUCGGCUUGGACGGCAAGGGCCUGGGUACGGGCACGAGGGUAAUCAUGAAGUACGAGAAUGGCCAGGGUUGCUGGAACGGGCCGGCGCGGUCGACAAAGGUCUACCUGGCGUGCGCCGAGAAAGAAGAGGUAUGGAAGGUCAGUGAAAGUGAAAAGUGCGUGUAUCGCAUGGAAGUGGGCACCGCGGCGGUGUGUGAGCCUCAGCCGCCGAAUGGAAGUGCUUCCAAGGGCAAAGAGCCGGAGAAUGGGAGGAAGGAUGAAUUGUAG